UUUGAUCUUCGGGCUCUGUAUGCAGGAAAGCAAACGGCGAGCGCACGACUGACCGAGCGCUUCACGGCCGCGGAGGCGCUGAACGCGGUUCGUUCCAUGAAUCGCUGCAGUGCUCCGGGCCCGGACGGCUUUGGGCCAAGCUUCUAUGCAGCAUAGUGCAGGAUGAUGUGAUGCACUUCCUUCAUGCUUUUUACGAAGAGAACGUCCAGCUUGACAGAGUCAACCGCUCCUACAUGGUGCUGCUACCAAAGAAGCCGGGAGCAGUGACAGUGGAUGCGUUCCGGCCAAUUUGUCUUCAAAAUUGCAGUGUCAAGAUAGCAGCUAAGCUCCUGACCACGCGCCUGCAACAUGAAAUCAACGACCUGAUUGAUCUGGACCAGACCGGGUUUCUGAAAGGCCGAACCAUUGCCGAGAACUUUGUUUAUGCAGCGGAGCCUCUCCAAGUCUGUCACAAGCGAAAGGUGCCCACACUUGUCCUCAAGCUCGAUUUUGCUAAGGCAUUUGAUACCGUGAACUGGAGCUGUCUCAUGCACGUGGUGGAGUCGAGAGGGUUUGAUGCAAAGUGAUGCCCACGUGGACUCAAGCCUGAGUCCCAGCCAAUCACGGCACAGUUUUGGGCAUGCGCAGCCAACAGGGCCAGGCCUCCCAUCGCCCUUGGUGCUGCCGCAUCCCUCCUACUCGCAAAACCCUCCGAUCCCUAUAUGCGCCGCCGCCCCUGCGCAACGUUGCUCCGCCACCGCCCGUGACCUUGCCGUUCGGCACCAGCAACGACCUACCAGGGGCCCUGCGCGCCUACUCGUCGCGCGUCGCCCCCUGCUCCCCGGCGACCCUGCAGCCGCGCCUCUACCCCUGCGUGCAUCCCCUGAUUGGUAGCGGCACCCAGGUCCGCUCGACCUUGUGCGUCGCUGCUCAGAUAGCAGAAGCCGAUCAAAUCGCCAUCGUCUCCUUGCCGGCCAAAUUCCGGCCAUCCCGAGGACCUCCGCUGCCGGACCAAUCCAGCACCACCAUGAUGACCCCCUCGUCGAGACAAACCCUUUUUGCCGGUCCCCUCGUCGUCCCUUCAUCGCCGGCCACCGCCGCCCACAGUGCUGCCGCGGCUAAACCGCUCCGCUCCAUCGUCGUGACCAGGGAGCAUCUCGAAGGAACGCAAUUCGAGAGUUGUGAAGAUGAAGAAUUGUGAGAACAAGAGCUGAAGACUCUGAGCAGUUAUUAUCUGGAUUUGAGGCAAGUAUAUUCCUCGAUCAUAUUUUGUCCUAAUAACAUUUAUUUUAAGCUUGCAUGCAUUAAUUUUGAUGGGUACCUAUUAUCUUUAUUGAUUAUCCAUGUCCUUCAAUAGCCGGGUUUCUUUUAUAAAAUCUUUUGGGUAGUUUGCUUAGCUGCUGAAUAAUGGUUAUGGGUGGUUUGCAACAAUAAUUCUUGUGACAUGAUA